AUGUCAUCUAGACUUCCCAGCGGCGGUGCGCCUCGUCUUUCCACCGCACCCAGUAGUAGUACCAAACCUCGACAGCUGUCUCAUCUACACGCACAACUCGCACAACUCUCUGCCAACCUUGGUGAUCUUGAGAACCUUCUACGAAAUACUAGUAUACAAGCUGAGUCUAUUCGAGGCUUGGGUGCUUAUCAUGGAGGAUUAUUCAUGGCUGCAAGCAAAGUUCUAGGAGAAGAGACAAUCGCGGGGAGUGCACAGCAGCAACAGGGACAGGGGCAAACAAAAGGAAACAGUAAUCGGGCAGCAGAGCGUAAAGAGGAUUCCGACUCCGAUUUUUGA